AACCUUCGACCUAGCGUGUGUUACGACGUUCUAUAUUUAACCCACGAUAAGAAAUAACGAGAUCUAUAUUGAUUAUAUGAAUAGACGCCCCGCGAUCUAGUAAUAACGUAAGCUAUAUUGGUAGAGUACGUGUGCGGGAACGUCGGUGCGAUAUUCGCGAACGUAUAGUUUAUCGUGCUGUGCGACUAAUAGGUAUGAGACGCAAGAGCGAGAGGAACAAAGCAAAGGGAUCUCCAGAGAAGAAAGUUGAGAAACCGACGAGGAAGUCGACGCGUAGGCGCAGCAGGAGAUCGCCUUCUACCUCGUCCGAGCAGGACGUCACUAUCGUCGAGGAUGCGGCCAAGCCCACCGGCCAGGUCAUGGAGGUCGAGCCGGAGGCGAGCGUGCAGACGCGCCUGCAGAGCAAGGAGCAGCAGCAGACAGGGAACGAGGAGAAGGUCUCCUCCAGUGACAUAGACAUAAAGGUGCACUCGCCCGAACGCGAGGAGGACAACGGCGGCUCGGUGUGGAAAGUGGCGAGAGCGGAUGCGUCGCCUGGCGAGAUACAGAAGUUGAAACUAUGUCGGCAGCGCAACACGUCAGAACCGUCAUCAGACACACCACCGUCGGGUAGGAAGAGUGUCAAGUCAAGUAGCAAGUGGCAAGAAGGUGGUGAGGGCGUUGCAGAGGAGGCUGACUCGGCGGACGAGCAACUGGUUUCUUGUACAAGAACGCUCAGUAGCGUUGAACAGCCGAACGAUCCCUCCUCUUCAUACCCAGGUCAGGACUCCAACGAAGAGGUAAGUGAUAGCAAGGAGAUCCUGCCUGAAACCACUUCAGCCAACUUGUUGUCUGACGAUAAACCAAACAUAGAUCAGCAUGGUGAAUCAAAUGAGGCAAAUUGCGCUGCCCAAAUCGUUGAUAACGAACCUGGUAAGCCGGGUAGCACGACAACCGCGCCGACUCCUAGCGCGAACGGUGAGGAAACCGCCGCCGCCGUCGCCGCCAUCGUUACGGAAGAAAACCCUGUAGAAGACAUCGAUGAAAAGCCAGCGGAGAUAUUUAUCAAAGAGACUAGCGUGGAAAAUGUUCGUAGAAAUACAAGUAGCGAAGAUGAGGAGGAGGAGCAGCAGCAGCAGCAGCAGCAGCCGCAGCCGCAGCAGCAGCAGCAGCCGCAGCAGCAGCAGCUGCAGCUGCAGGAGGAGGAGGAGGAUGAUGAUGAGGAGGAGGAGGAUAAAGAGAAAACGCAUCGUCCGGUGGACUCGUCGUCCGAUUCGAACGACGAAUCGCGCAAAAGAAGUAGAACUAGUAGCGAUCGAACAUCACCACGCAUGACUCGCAGAAAGCAUCGAAAUAAGUACGGAGAUUCGUCCAAUUCGGAGACACCUGAUUCCGAGGACGAACCUAUUGACAGAAAGGUUUCUGAACCCUCUGCGAAGGAGGAGGAGGAGGAGGAAGAGGAGGAGGAGGAGAAACCGAGUACGGAAUCUGCGCAAGAGAAUGAUAAAGAACGAUCGGUGUCGCCGGAAAGAACAAAUUCUCAUUCAAAUAAUGUAGAAAAGGUACAGCAUAGUGAAAAGAUGGAGCAUAGUGACACUGUGGAAGUUCAAUCGGAAGAAAAUGUUAUUGAAAAAUUGGAACAGUCUACACCGGCUAGCACUCAGGUGGUCGCUCACAAGCCCGUUAAAGUCAACUUAAAAAGAUCAUUCUCAACAAGGAUAUUGUCCGAUAAGAAUGAAGUGAAAAGAGACGAUGCUGAUGCAAGCAACGAGAACGAGUCCAAUAGUCAAAAUAAGGAAAACGGCAGCGAACAGGAGCCGAAAUGUGUGCCGAGGAAACGUCGAUGGGGCACCGCGCUUUCCACGGAUACCGCGCCAUCGUUUUCCAUUUCGACUGAUUCGCUCAAGGCUUUGGUGCCGGGUGCGAAGCCGUUAUCCAUCAAUGAAGUUCGUCUCUCCAAAGACGACGACGAGGACAGAGAUCGGCAUAGAAGUAGCGAUAAACGGCACAACUCGAGCGACGUUACCAACGAUAAGGCGAUAGACGAAAAUUUGCAGAAAAAUGGCGCUGCCAAAAAGGGCAAUGGAAAAGUAGAUAAUCACAUUGCGGCGAGGCGAAAGAUAUCAAUCGUCAAGGAGACACCGCACUUAAAGUCACCAAGUCCGCCAGCGUCUAAACCUACCAAUAUUCUCUUGAUCAAGAAUCUAGUUCGCCCAUUCACACUAAAUCAGAUCAAAGAGCUUCUUUCGCGCACCGGCACCAUUGUGGAGAACGGUUUCUGGAUGGAUCGAAUAAAAUCUAAGUGCAUUGUCGAAUAUUCAAACGAGGAUCAGGCCUUUGAGACGAGGCAGGCGCUUCACGGAAUCUCGUGGCCUAUGUCCAAUCCAAAGAAACUUCACGUGGAAUAUGCUACAAAGGAAGAUAUGGAGACCGCCCGGGAAUCGUCCAAGGAACAACCGGUUGCUCGCAAAGCCGAGCCGCUCUCAUCGGAUUCGUGGCAGCAAGACUGGAGUCGCGACGAGAAGACUAAUACGACUAAGGUGACCGUGGUGAGAGAGUGGGAUUUAGGCAAGGAGGACGGCCAGCAACACAUCAGAGAGAAGGAACGUGAGAAGAAGGAACACGAUAAGAAGCGGCGAGUUAGGAGUCGUAGCCCAACGUUGGACGCGCAUCUGUCGGCACCGGCUCGCAAAUUUAAGAAGAAGGAGGAUGACCCACCUCCAGCCAAGCUUCUGGAUGAUCUCUUUAGGAAGACGAAGGCGACACCUUGCAUAUACUGGUUGCCGCUUACAAAUGAACAGAUAGUCGUGAAGGAGGAGAUGCGACGGCAACAUAUGGCGGAACAUGCGCGUAGAUUAGAAGAGAUGAGACGCGCUGACAGAAACAGGGAUGGUCGACGUCGACGUAGCCCAAGAAAAUAGAGAUCGGUGUAUAUCGUCGACGACACGUUAAAUGUACCUUUCCUCUGACCUGAUUUAUCCUAAAUUUGUUCAAAUUGACUCAUUCCACCCAAAUCAAGUUUUUAAUUUCAGAUUUCUUGUUAUUGAUACAUAUUGUUUAUCAGAGAUUUUUUUUCUUUCUUCUGUAACCGUUCAAAAACAUUUGAAAAUUAACGUCUCAACAUGUAUUCAUAUUUUGAUCUGUUUUUUUGGGGGCAUUUCCUUCUGUAUUAUCUCUUUAAUCUCUCUACUUCCUGUCAGUUUAAUUUCAGAUGACAUUCAAAUGCACUACUAUCAAAUGCCCUUUCGACUCCUUAUUUCCUUUCCUCUUACAUCAGAAUUAAACCGUACUUCUUACAGGUCAACGUUUAUCUAUCCCACAGAGAGCCAAUAACUGUAGAUCAGACGCGGUAUAGUGGUACUGUGUAUUUGCGUCGACUGUUCAUGGCAAAUAAUACCAAUUUACUCUCUAUGUCAUGUUCGAAACAACCCGUGAGAGACUCGCACGCUCGCAGCUGCCGCACGGAAUCAUUUUACAACGUGGGAAUCUCUUUGAAGAAAAUAGACGAGACACAUUGCUGAGUGUGGAAUAGACUUGGCGUUCAAGAAAAUAUCGUUCGUUCCUUCGCUCUUUUCUCUUGGUUUUUUUUUUACGAGUCGAACUCUGACACAAACACGUUUCGAAUUGGAGAAAUGAAGUUACAUGAUGCAGUCUGGAGGGAAAACACUGUCGCCUGAAACGCAGAGGAGUAUUGUUAUGAAAGCAGUAUUUUUCGGAUUAUGAAGACAUUGGUGGAUGAAAGACGAACUUCGUCUCUGCGUUAAAUCUUCUUCAUGGUCUGCUUUGAUUGCCUCGGACUCAACAAUUGCCAUUCGACUUCGACAACGGCUACCUGGAAGGGUCGCGCCAGUGUUUAACCGUAAUAUAGACUAGCGCAAGCUGAAAGACAUGUCUGUAAAUAUAACCAACAUUUCGUGGUGUGACAUGUAAAAUUAUUAAUAAAUCCUAAAAAUGAAGAAAACACGCAUUGUGUUAGCGUAUACUGAGGUACAUUUACCGCUUACUCUUUUUUUUUACAAUACAUCUAUUGGAGAAUUUGUUAUUCGCUAAAGAUAAAAUAUUGAGAGCAUGGAUAAGUAAAUACAUUUAUGCUUAAAAUAAAUAAUCGCCUAUGUUAUUGCCAUUAUCUAAUUUGCUGUACAAUUGUAGCGUUUAAUAAAUUAUCAACAAAAUAUCGAAAAA